AGAAGCGCCACUGGUCUCCCCAGGAACAUUAAAGGUGAAGAAGCGCCACAGGUCUCCCCAGGAACAUUAAAGGUGAAGAAGCGCCACAGGUCUCCCCAGGAACAUUAAAGGUGAAGAAGCGCCACAGGUCUCCCCAGGAACAUUAAAGGUGAAGAAGCGCCACAGGUCUCCCCAGGAACAUUAAAGGUGAAGAAGCGCCACAGGUCUCCCCAGGAACAUUAAAGGUGAAGAAGCGCCACAGGUCUCCCCAGGAACAUUAAAGGUGAAGAAGCGCCACAGGUCUCCCCAGGAACAUUAAAGGUGAAGAAGCGCCACAGGUCUCCCCAGGAACAUUAAAGAAGGACUCACCGGUCAAGCCUUCGGUGGCCGAGUUGGCCGGGAGAUUCAAAGAUCACGUCAUACCGACACCAACUCCACACGACGAGAGCAAGCCUGUUAAAAGGAGACCUCCUCCGUGCUCCCUGCAGCUUCACAACAAGAAACAUGACCAUGAGGAACUGGAGAAACCCAGCAUCGUCUCUCCACACCCACCCAAAGUCAAGAUGAGGACUUCCAAGAGUUCCCCCCUCGUCGAGAGGCUACAGGCAAACCUAACCCUGUCGCCCACCUCUCUGCUACCCUCGCCCAAGAGUCCCGAGGUGAAGCUGGCGCCGACGCCCACCUCCCCCACAACCCAUUGCUUCUUUCCUACAAGCCCCUGCAGCCCACUCAGCCCCACCCUGAGGCCCCAGCUGUCCAUUGAGGAGGAGGAGCCGGUAUGCUUUGAGAGCCCGGCGGAGGGGACCCCAUUACCCAGCUUCAACAAGAUGACUUCAGGUAAUAGACCCAGGCUGACCACCAAUGAUGCAGCAGAGGAAGGAAACCCCUUGCUUUCUCCUGAACAGGUUCCUGUCGAUAACGGCGUGCAGCAUCGGGUUGAUGGAGAAGAGAUGACUUCAGGUAAUAGACCCAGGCUGACCACCAAUGAUGCAGCAGAGGAAGGAAACCCCUUGCUUUCUCCUGAACAGGUUCCUGUCGAUAACGGCGUGCAGCAUCGGGUUGAUGGAGAAGAGGUCAGUCAAGAGUCGAUCUCUCUCAUCGUACAGAACAGCAUCGCCAACAAAGAAAUGACCUGCAUCACGCACAGAAGACGGUGGAUGAUCCUCAUCUUCCUCAUCUUCCUCAUCCUGCUGGUGAUUGGAGUCUCCUUCGCUCUGUGUUUAGUGAUUCAUGAUGACGCCGAUGAGAAGUACAAUCCAACCUUGUUUGUGCUGCCGCGAUGUUUCAACGGAAGCUUCAAACUGACCAAUCAGAUAUUCAUACCAGAGCUGCUAUCCCCAGCGUCCAAUCAGAGUAAGGCCCUGUCCAGCCAACUACGAGAGAAGUUGUCUGACCUCUACAGUUCAUCUCCGGCCCUGAGUCGCUACUUCUCCAGUGUUGAAAUCUCUGACUUCAGAAACGGCUCUGUGGUAGCCGACUACCGGCUGGGGUUCCUGAUGCCCCUGAAUAAUGCCGAGUUGGAGCAGUUCACUCUGAGCAGAGAGAUGGUGUAUAAUGUCUUCAGACAGUCUCUCUAUGACCAAGACCCUGAGCUCAACCACCCACUGUAUAUACACCCGGCUUCACUGGACAUGCAGGUGACUGGUGAGAGCAGAAGUGACGUGCUGUAUUGCAAGAGGAUGAGCAGAUCAAGAGACCCACCUGAUCGAGUAGAAUAUCCCGACGGAUACAUAGAACCCAUGGACCAACCCAGACAGACACACACAGUGGAAUCCUGUGAAACUGGACCACUACUACUGGAUCAGUGGCAUGUACAACCUGACAGACUGUAUGACAAAUAGACAUUGAUGAGACUUUUCUACAUAUUCCAAUCAUUCCAUUUAUCUCAAGUAGCCAAGAGAAUGGAAAGACCUAAGUGUACUUUUGGAAUGAGGUGUUGACAUUAAGUGUUUAUAAGCGGUGUUUGACAGUGUAUUAUUUUAGCGUGUUAUAAAGUGUCAAAGUGGAUUAACAAUGUCUGUGGCCAAGCCAGAUGUUUUUAUCUGUUGUGUUGUGACUUCCUGAUACCUACUCUGUAGUAUAUAUAUAUCAUGUCUGAGGGGAGGACUAUUCCAACAUGAGGCAUUGCGUCAAUCUUUAUAUUCUUUUACAUUUUACACGAAUUGAUUGGAAACUGCAUUUUGUAAUUUUGUGAAAUAAAUGUUUUUAUUUUA